AUGGAAUCAGAUAUCACUACCUUGGCUGCAAUCUGUCAAGUCAGGCAUCAACAACGUGCUCCUUUGGAGAGAAAUAUGAACGAAGAGGAUGGCUACACGGACGGUUCAGAUGACGAGCAAACGGAUGACGAUAAACAAUCCUCAACGAGAACUGCGGCUUUUUUGACGGAGGAGGUUUUGAAGUCGGUAAAGAUGCGGUUCCUCGAUAAGUUGGCUGAGAUCCUCUGCUACAGAAAGGACGCGCACUAUGUAACUUGUACAGCUAUGCAGGAGACUGAUGACGAAGUAACCAUCCUUGCGUUUAGGAAUGCUAUAUGGGGGGAACAGGACAUCAAUCUUCUAGAGGAGAUGGCGAGGCAGCUAGAACUAGUUGCGAAAAGAGAAUCUCUAGAUAUGGAAUCUUUACCGGACCUCCAAGCACUUUUCAGCGAAUACUAUACUCCACGCCUUAAGUAUCAUGCGUCACAGCUUCUUUCUCUGAUAGACAAAAAGAAGGAAAUGUGGAAGCUAGAUGCAUGUUUAAGGGCGUUUCGUUCAGGAGAGGUCUCUUCAACAGACCUAGUGAACAUUGUGAACGAUCUUUGCUACAGUACAACUUUCUAUUCUGAAACCAAUCGACUGUUUACAGAAACGCAGGUCAAAAGAGUUAUCCGUGAGCUGGGUUUUCUUUGUCGUCCUAAAUACGCCUUCAAUACCUUUUGGGAAGCAGCACGCGAGAUCGAAGGUUUCCAGAACAUAAAUAUUACGCUCAUCCCCGGAUCUCAAGCGAAACAGGUUCCACCGAGCCUCUCUUUAUGCACCCAAGCCAUGAUGCGAACCAACAAAUACCGGAAAAAGCUGGAGGCACAACUCCAAAAGAAGAAAUGGAUCCAUGCUGAAAUGGGAAUGGUCACCCAUCUUAUUAGCGAGGGCAGUGUAGCUCAAACCUUUCUAUAUCUUGGUAUCAGCAAAAAGACUUGCUUUAUGUGUGGCCACAUUUUGCAGGGCUUGGAUCUUUUUCAAGUGCGCAGCAACCAUGGCAAAGUUUAUUCCCAAUGGACUUUACCCAGCUCCCUAGUUGUCCCGUCCUCAUAUCAACGCAAACUUGAUCCUGUGGUUCAGAAUCUCCGAGAUAUACUGCGGCAUGAGUGUACUGUUGAUGAUGCCCAACGCGUCAAUGCGGUCAAGGAGUCAACUAUUUCAACUCCAGUGGCAUCGAAAAUAGAGACAUGGUCCCCAUUCAAUCGCCAUAUCCCGGAUCCUAGAACCCUUGCAAGACAGGCGGAGUGGCUGUCAGCCUACAGCUCAAGGGCAAUGGCUGGAAGGGCCAACCAAAGUCAAUUAGAUACCCCUGAGAUAUCGGAUGUUACGGAGAAAGACAAGAUACAACCGCUAGAGUUGACUGGACCCCAGCUGAUAUCCGGGUCUUGCGCCCGAUGUCGUACCACAGUAACUUCACCGACCCCCUGCUCAAAAUGUGACAGGCCACUAUACUGCACUAAAAUGUGCCAAACCUUGCACUGGUCUGAGCACAAGUUUUCCUGUCUGCUCGGAAGACCGUUAGAUGAGGCGGACUACUUCAUUCGUGCCUGCCAGCGAAAGGAGUUUCCUACAGAGGACAACGUGGCAAAGGCCUUUGGCUUCCUAAGUUUUGCAUCCGCCAUCGACCGACAAAGGAUCUUUCACAUAUAUUGCCAGCUAGUGAAUAACUAUGGAGUCACAGAGGACGAACUCCGAGAGGCAUGGCGAAGCAAUAAACUGAAAGAGUUUCUCCUCUUCCGCGGCUCUCAGAUACGCUCUCCCUCACUUCAACGAGAAAUGUAUUGGUUAAAUCAGCAGGAUGGCUUCGCUGCCGGCGCAGACUACGAUAUCGAGUUUGAAUCGCUACUGCAUUUACUCGAACCAGGGGAUCGUAAAAUCCCAUUCGCUCAGUGGAAGCCGCGAGAAAAACUCGAGGCAUACAUGUUCAUCUAUCAAAUUCUUAACGGAUUCGUCCCAGAUGCAGACGAAGAUAAUUGGAUUUUCCUUGGCUUCUGUACGGCUCGAGAUCACAAUGCUGUUCAAAUGCUAGCAAGGCUCUACAGGAUGCUUAUUAACAGAUGCAAAUUCCAAGAGUUCUGGAAGGCCAUGGAACAGUCCGAUAUGAUCGGGUUGUUCGACAAGUACGGCCUAGGGCACGCCAUCGCGGAGCUGCGCAAUUUUGGAUCCCUCAUGAACAUCGUCGGAACAUGGCACCAGAGCGUUUGGGAAUUAAAGCGCUUUACUCGAUUACCGGCCGCAGAACCGAUGCAGGCUGUCGCUGUGGACUAUGGAUUUUACAAUUGCCGGAUACCGCAAGAGCGAAUGGCGCUUCGACAUAUGUACACUGAAUUCUUCGCGCGGGGCGGAGACGAAAUGGCUCUUCAUCAAGCCUGCAUAAAUGGCCAGCUGGCAUCGUUCUUGUUGUCGGAGCCGCAGAGCCUUCCUGUUUCGGCUGAUCUGCUGUCGAAUCCCUAUCCAUUAGAACGAUGUGGGUACAUGGGUAUGAUUGUUGAAACUGCCAUCCUUUGUUCAGAGUCUAAUUCAGAGCUCAUGAAUAAGAGAUGCGAGGAAAAGGGAAAGAGCCGUGUUAUAUUGACCUACCCUGAUGAGCAAGAUGAGGGGAUGAGAGGGGGUAUUAAAGAACGAUUACAGUUUUUGGGAAGAUCAGUGAGGAUACGGAAGACAGAUGUUCAAGGGGUGACUUUGACAGAAUUCGACAUGAUGGCUUGA